CGAUCCUUAUAUGGUCAAGACAUCAGCAGCUACCUCAUGCCUGUGUUGAGUUGAUCUGGAGAUCACUCAGCUUCUUCUUGAGCACAGGGUCCCCCUCAGUCCGGUAGUCUUAGCCACAGGACUAUCGUAAUUGUUUUGUCGCUUUUUGGAACCAGAUUCUAAUACCCAGUGUAACGAUUUGUUUUUGUCUCUGUUUCAAAGGGCUUGAAGGAGAAUGAUUUCUUCGCAGAUAGGUCGGUCCAUCUUAGUAAGCUAUUUAACUGAGCCAUUAAAAUCUUAAAUUAAAGAGGGGUAUUCCCCCUUAAAGUAAGGGGGGAUUCUUGUCUUUGUGGAGGCGUUUACGAAAAAGGAAGUUAAAGUGAAGUUGAAGAAUAACCAACAGUAACUACGCAAAUCUUAGCUUAGUCCAAUGAAGAAAUCUAUCCGGAGAAAAUUAGAUUACCACGCACCUGUAUAUUAAUCUAAAAGAAGGCAUUUCUCCGCUAAACGUGUACCUGGAAGCUUUCCAAGCUUUCGACAAUUUUCGAUCCAUAAUCGAUGUUUUUCGAACGGAAAUCGAUACAUAAACCAGGGAAAAAUACCCUUAACUCUACGGGGAAGCCCGGUAAUUAUUCAACUGUAACUCCGGGCGGAAAUUUCAGAAAUUACUUUAUAGAGUGGACACACCAAUGACUAAAAUUCUUUAGAGAAAUUUAUAGAGCUGAAUAAAACAGUUACUUUCUUAAUGAACCUCGUCCGGGUAACACAGAUGAUGUUUACGCAGAGGUUAUGAUAAGACUAUUUACUUAGUUUUUAUUUCACCUUUGAUUGACCAGCAUAGAUUUGUGUCAAGACCGCAGAAUUCUUUAUCUCGAAACUGAAACUGAUAUGGAAGUUUCGAUGUCACUCUUACUUGUUAAUUUUUCUGUUCCAUACAGAUAUAAGUGGAAAUAAUAAACCAUUAGCACGAUCAAACAAACAUUCGUGAUCUAAUGCGAUUUGUAUACAAUCAAAACUAUUUACUUAAAGAUUGUUAAGUUUACUCAUUUAUCGACCUCAUCAGCCACUGAGAACCUAAACAAUUUGCUGCACAAAUAAAGACAUGUUUCAACGAUUGAGCCCGGUUAAAAAUUUAGCGGAUUGAUAUAAACAAUUGGAAAGUUGACUCUCAGGUUCACGUUUUAAGCCGGCGUCACCCACGAAUUGAUCAUGACACAAUCACCCACGAAAAGAUGCGAGUCACGCACGACUUGAUACAAGUCAUAACCUCAUAAGCAAUGGCUUUGCCAAUGGCCGGAUAAAUUUGAACAGACCGUACCCGAUUCAAUUUGAUUAUUCUUUAUCAAUUAAUUAAUUUGCGUGGGACAAAAAUGAAAUUUGACAACGUUAGAUCGGUUCCAAGCAGCAAGCAUGAAUUCCAUAACUUCCGUGAAUAUCUAAUCCCUUUACCCACCAUUAUUAAAUAUGCCCCUUUCCUAAGUAUUCUUCAGCCUGAAUGGUGCGCACACGCGCCUUUCGCGGCUGCCCUCUAGGCUCGCGUGAACUCUCAAGCUAUCUCCUGUGUGACUAUCUCUAAAAACCUGGAAACACUUUCGAGACAUAACUGGUUCUCAAAGAUAGUGGAGGUAUAUGAGAUUGCUCGCAACGAGUGUAUCUAUCGGUUUCCUUUUCAACCAUCUUUCAAAAACGGCCAGGAAAAUGUUGACUUGACGGUGCUUGUUAUUCCAUCAUCCCAAAUAUACCACUUCAACACGCUAAGAUAAUUCGAAUGACAUCGACAUUUUAAAUAGGUUUUCGCACAGCAUAUUUCAAAAUCCCCGAUUCAAUUAUCAACGCUUCACUGACCCAGCGAUCACAUGACGGCUGGCUAAGCUCGAUAAUACCGGACGAGGAAACUCAUGAUUUUUUUAUUCAGCUCUGUGCGUCUUGCAAAUCGAAGCUCUUCGCUGUUUUGACUUUGUUAAGAAAUCACUAAGCGCGUUUCAUACUGUCUUCUGAACCUACGUACUGAUCAAUAUUCAGCACAAGGGGAAACAAUUAAUGCAUUACACUGAACCAGAACUCCGAUUAAGAGACGACUUUGCACCUUGUCAUUCUCAACUUGAGUUUUCCUGGUGGAGGUGAUUUAUCUUUGAAACAGGUAAAAAUCAGGCCGUCGGAAAGAUGUACAACGCCUGAGUGGGCCAUGAAACUUUCAGACGAGACCUUGCUGCCAGAGAGAUCAAUAUUGUUUUGUCUGAGAGACAAUGUUAUAUGAUCACUAGCUUGGAUUGAUUUGAUUUGAGACACUAUCUUGUUGGGUACAAGACACACGGAAAAUAUCAUUAAAUCCUCAGAAAUGGCGGGUUGUUAUAGCAACGAGUGCAGCUGGAAACUUCGGAUGACAGAGGACAUUAUGCACACACUUCGACUGCCCGAUCGAAUUGGGAAGAGGUGGAAAGACCUGGCACGAAAUCUGAAGUUCACAGAAACUGACGUUGGCACGAUUGAGAGUGACAAGGGCUCCACUAAGGAAUGCUGCAUCGAACUUCUUGCGGUACGAUGGAUGAAACAAGAGGGAGAGGAUGCAACCGUCGAAAGACUCGCAGAAGGUCUGACAACAAUAGGGCUUAAGAGCGUGGCUGAAAUACUUCAAGGUGUGUUAUCAGGAGUGGAUGACGAAGCAGGAACAAACAAAUCCAAUCAGAUGGAGAAUAGCAUAAGUGAAAUAGAGAAAAACUGCAAAAAAUUGAGAAAAGAGCGCCACCAGUUGCAAGUGAGAAACCAGGAUCUAGAAAAAGACAAACAGAGUAUGACAAAACAGCUUCAAGACAGUUUAGAAGAGCGUCACCAGUUGCAAGUGAGAAAGCAAGAGCUAGAAAAAGAAAAGCAGAGUAUGACAAAACAGCUUCAAGACAGUUUAGAAGAGUUUAAUAAACAGAGCCAGAAAUUACGCACGAGAAUUCAAGAACUGGAAGAGGAGCUGUGUAGAGUAAAACAACAACUUCACAACACUUCCCAAGAGUGUCACAAGAGUAAGAGUAACAGUUUGAAACUGGGAGAGGAAUUGCCUGGAAUAAUAAAAGACAAGUCAGGACAGGAUUUGGCCGAGAACUUUGAUAUUGCACACCCAGAGGAUGAUUCAGAAGAUACCAGAAAUAAUCUUGAACCAGAACGAGCAGACACAGAGGGUGAAAUCGACGCAAAGCUGAAAGACCUCAACGAGCAACUUUAUAGAAACAUAACGUCUCUGUUGCAAGUGCCAGAAACAAAAGACAAACUGAAAGUUUCUGUCACGGUAGACCUUUUAACAAGACUCAGGGUAAGUCUACAAGAGUUAUACAGCUCUGUCCUCUCCAUGGUGGCUGAGACUUGUAAAUGCAAUGAGGAGGUCAAACGAGAGUUUUACGACCUUGCAUAUCACGGUCUCAGAGCGGAACACAAUGAUGUGGUGCAUCGAGUUGAAGAUUUGGCAGCGGCACAAGAACAAAUGAGCGACGAAGAGAAAGUGGAGUUCGGGAAACUCCAACAAUAUCAGACCAACCGACAGAGACAAGUUGAGCGGCUGGAAAAUCUGUGGAGAGGUCUGUUCUCGACGCCUGAAGGUGCUCCUCGUUCUAUCCACUCUGAACCAUGUGUGGCGACUGGGAAGACUUAUCAUCGUGAAAAGGACUUAAAACGACAAUGCACAGACCCAGGCGCCAAACCCAAGCAGGUUAAGCCUGGAGAACAGACCAGCAGUCCAGUAACAGCAACAACGAGUGAGGAUGAAAAGUACGAAGUGUGUUUCACAAAGUUCAAAAAGACAACGAUGAAGACCAUUUUCAGAAAAAGAGAAAGCAAGGAAAAGACGUGUUGCCUUAUGUCCUAUUCACCUAAAAAUCACAGGGAUUCUUGAGUAGCUUUGGAAAAAUAGUUAGCUCGCACAUGUUGGGCGGCGACUAGUCGACAAAAGUCUAGCGAACGCACCACGUUACAUUGUAGCAGUUAGCUGUUUGAUAGCACUUAGUUGAAAUGACUCGGUUACUUGCAUCACAGCCAAAGCAGAUACGAACUCGACGAUGGUAUGAUCCCAUAAUUUUUGAUGACGUACCUAUGUGCCCAGGCGACCAGAUUAAAGUGCCCAAGUCUGUGUAUGCAUACAGGAGACUUAUAACGCCAGCACUAUCCUGAGUCUUUUAUCCUAAAGGAAGGCGUCUCUGAGUAGGUCCGGCCGUGAAACUUUCCAUGUACUUCAAGACAUUGCGGGCACUAAGCAUUGUAUAGCAAAUAGCAAGCGAUGCCAUGAUGCUCUUAAGAAAGUGGCUAC